UUCCAGGCACAUUUUGGCUACACGCACGAAAGCUUCAGCUCUGGAAAUAGCAAUUUCCUCUUGACUUAUAGUCGUCGUAGCGCUUUGUGGGUAGAAGAAGAGACCUGAGGGAAUCCACUGUCUCUCUUCUCUCUCUCUCUCUCUCUCUCUCUCUCUCUUUCUACUUCGCAAAGACUGAAACUUUCUCUCUUACAGACAUAGCAAAAGUAGCAGCAGUAUUGAAGUGCUACAAUCAUGUUUGGUCAUGCUUCAAGGAAGAGUGAUAACACCAAGUAUUAUGGGGUUCUUGGUGUUUCAAAAAAUUCAAGUGCAGACGAACUCAAGAAGGCAUAUAAGAAAGCUGCUAUCAAGAAUCAUCCAGACAAAGGUGGAGAUCCUGAGAAGUUCAAGGAAUUAGCUCAAGCUUAUGAAGUUCUCAGUGAUCCAGAAAAGAGGGAAAUCUAUGACCAAUAUGGUGAAGAUGGUCUUAAAGAGGGAGGAGGAGGUGGUAGUACCUCACAUAAUCCAUUUGAUUUAUUUGAAGCAUUUCUGAAUCCCCGCUAUCGUUCACAUGGAAGGAGGCAGAAGCAAGGUGAAGAUGUGGUGCAUACCUUAAAGGUUUCUUUGGAGGACUUGUAUAAUGGCACAACAAAGAAACUCUCUCUCUCUAGGAAUAUUUUGUGUCUGAAAUGUAAAGGGAAAGGCUCAAAGAGCGGAACAUCAGGGAGAUGUUAUGGAUGCCAGGGUACUGGAAUGAAGAUUACAACACGGUCGAUUGGAUUGGGAAUGAUUCAACAGAUGCAACAUGUCUGCCCUGAAUGCCAAGGCUCUGGUGAGGUCAUCAGUGAGAGAGAUAAGUGCCCACCGUGCAAAGGGAACAAGGUUACUCAGGAAAAGAAGGUUAUGGAUGUGCAUGUGGAGAAAGGGAUGGAGCAUGGCCAGAAAAUUGUGUUUGAGGGACAGGCUGAUGAAGCUCCAGAUACAAUUACAGGAGACAUUGUUUUCGUAUUGCAACUCAAGGAGCAUGCCAAGUUCAAGCGAAAGCUUGAUGAUCUUUACGUAGAGCACACUCUCAAUUUGACUGAGGCCCUUUGUGGGUUUCAGUUUGUGUUGACCCAUCUUGAUGGCAGGCAGCUUCUGGUCAAAUCAAAUCCUGGGGAAGUCAUCAAGCCUGGUCAAUCAAAAGCAAUCAAUGACGAGGGCAUGCCACAUUACCAGAGGCCAUUCAUGAAGGGCAACCUUUUCAUCCAUUUCAAUGUAGAGUUUCCAGACUCUGGGAUUCUUUCUCCCGAUCAAUCCCGAAAUUUACAGACAGUACUAUCCCCCAAGCCAAGCAAGCAUUUGACUGACGUGGAGCUGGAUGAGUGUGAAGAAACCACCAUGCAUGAUGUCAACAUUGAGGAUGAGAUGAGACGUAAACCAAGACAGCAGUAUCGGGAGGCAUAUGAUGAAGAUGAUGACGACGAUGAGCCAAUGCCACGGGUGCAAUGCGCCCAGCAGUGAGGCAGUCUGUUUUUCGUCAGUCUUAUCCGUCUUAUAGGGCAACUAUGGUUGCUUAUGCUGCUGAUUUUGUGGUUUAAGAUGCUUUAUAGGCUCCUAGUAUUCAUUUUUUCCUCUUGAUAUUUUUUACUUAUUCUGUGUUCCUUAUAGUUAGAAACAUUCUAAAGUUUGAUUGAGUUGAGAUGUUAGAAUCGAUUAAAGUUAUUUUGCAUUUGGUUUUUUUCCUCCUACUGGUACCCAAAAUGUUUCAACGAAUGCUUGAGUUGAUGUUAUAUUUCUAUUACAGACAAUAUCGUUAUCCUUCUGAUUGA